UUCACAUUUGGCUUCUUGUCUGACUCCACGGGCACAGCAAAAUGAAAUUCGACAACAUCCUUUCAGAAGUUAACGGAUUUGGAAAAUUCCAAAUCAAGCUAAUCUUGAUUCAGAUCCUCUCUCGAGUUACUCUGCCAUGUCACUUCCUGCUGAAUAAUUUCAUUGCAGCUGUUCCCGCUCACCGCUGCAACAUCAGCGCUCUGGAUGAUGGAGGCAUCUUCAGGAAUUUAACUCUAGAACAGAAACUGAGUGUGAGUAUCCCAGCCGAGCAGGAUGGGACUCUGAGCUCCUGUCAGAUGUUUCAACAGCUCCAAUAUCAAAAUCUGUCAGGGUCAACAAAGAACAGUAGUGAGAAUAUAUUUACUGUUCAGUGUCAGAAUGGAUGGGUGUAUGACAACAGCACUUUUAAAUCUACUUUGGCAACAGAGUGGGAUCUUGUGUGCAGCAGAAAAGGGAUAAACAAGGCAACAGCCACUGUUUUCUUCAUUGGUGUUAUGUUUGGAGCCCCUUUAUUUGGGUUUCUCAGUGACAGGUUUGGGCGACGGCCACUUCUGCUGGUUUCUUAUCUAUCAUCCUUGAUGUUUGCGGUGCUAAGCACUUUCUCCACAUCGGAUGUAAUGUUUGCCAUCCUGAGAUUUUUCACAGGGAUGUCACUCGCUGGAAUAAGUAUCAUCUCCAUGGUUCUAAGCAUCGAGUGGUUCAGCAUUGAACACAGGACUUUCUCUGGUGUAAUCAUAAGUCUGGAUUGGACACUUGGGAACUGGAUUCUGGUUGGAAUUGCAUACUGUGUAAAUGAGUGGAGGAUGCUCAUUCUGGCAGUGACCUCACCCCUGAUACUGUCCCUCAUUGCUUGGAGGUGGCUUCCAGAGUCUGCAAGGUGGCUCAUGGCUCGUGGGAGGGCAGAUGCUGCUCAUCAUUACAUCAUGCAAUGUGCCGAGAUGAACAACAGAUCAGCAUGUAUGGCCACCAUCACACCAAGGACAUUACUGGAGUCUGCAGAAACUGAAACUGAAACUGAAGAUAAGAAGUACAAUUUUGUUGACCUCUUCAGGACUCCAAAUAUAAGGAAACUUUCUAUAUGCUCAGGGAUACUGGGGUAUGGAGUUGCAUUUAUAUAUUAUGGGAUAAGUCUAAAUAUCACUGGAUUUGGACUAAACCUUUACCUCACACAAUUUAUAUUUGCAUUCAUCGAAAUGCCAAUGAAGAUUGGUUUGUAUUUCUUCCUGGAUAAAGUUGGUAGAGGGCCUGGUCAGAUAUGGGCCAUGCUAUUGACCGGACUCUGUCUCUUCAUCAACUUGUUUGUUGCAAAAGAUAAAUGGAUCAUUCGUUCUGUUGUCGCUGUUCUUGGAAAAGCCCUGUCAGAGGCCUCAUUCACAAUCAUGAUACUCUUUACAACUGAACUCUAUCCUACAGUCGUAAGACAGAAUGGUGUAGGCUACACCUCAUUUGUGACACGGCUGGGUGCGUCCUUAUCCCCACUCAUCAUGCUAUUGGAGGACGUGUGGCAUCUCCUCCCUGAAGUUACAUACUGUGCCGUAGCCGUUGGGUCUGGUUUAGUGGCCUUACUUCUGCCUGAAACAUUAAACACACGAUUGCCAGAGUUCAUCGAAGACAUUGAGAAACCAAGAGUAAAAUCAACAAGGAAGAAGGAGAUUCAAUAAAAAUCACUCUUAAUGAUGAGAGUGAUACUUAGCAUGCACAAUUUAGUAAAAGCUGGUUCAAUUUAAUAAUUUAAGACGAUGAUUUUAAAAUAACAAUAUCAAAUGACAUUGUGAAAAACUUGAACCAACUGGCUUGAACCAACAGCCUGUCAGGAUUCAACAUGUCCUUAGUUGUACUGUCUAAAUUAUGUGCUGAACCUAACAGAGUUGGAUAACAGAAGACAACAGAGGAAGAAAACCCAAGAAAAGUGAAACUUAGUAGCAGAAUCUGUUGCUCCAGGUGACAUUGCACUAUAAUUAUUAUAAUAUGAAUAGUCUAUUAUAAUCUAUUAUAUUGUGAUAUAUUAUGUAUUAUGAUACCUCACAUGCUAAUAUAAUUUGUCUAAAUAUAACCAUUCCACAUAUUUUAGAGAUACCACAUGAUAAUAUGAUGAAAUAUAGACCUAAAAUACUCACAUGUCCUCAAAUGGGAUUUUCCCUUCCACAAACCCCCCUCUGACUCUCUUGAAAAUCUGUCAGGUGCUAUUACAAUAUUUAUAAAUAUAACCCAGACACAUAUUAUAGAGAUACAUCAUGCUAAAAUGAUGAAAAAAAUUAGGUCUGAAAUAGGAGGAUAUAAGCCCUACUCACACGUCCUCACACGGAUUAGGACAGCUCUGAAUCCUCGUGUGAGUCGCUUGAAAUCCGGAAAGAUUUCAAUUUGAACCUUAAAUUCAGCCACAUUUUCUGAGGCAAGCGUAUGUCACACGUGGUAAGUUCACCGACCAUGGGAAAGUUGAAAAUCCGGCGAUUCUCUCAGUCUUCACAGCUUCUGGCUAUGAUAAAUGGUUUAUUUUUGGCAAUUCUCAAAAAGAAGCAGUUUUUUUUAUCCUGUGCACAGGCUUGGGGUUCAAAAGUGUGUUUAGAAAAUGAAAUAAAAUAAAAUAAAAUAAAUAUAAAAGUAUUCCGGUUCUGAACUAUGUUUUCCUUGCUGAUCUUCUGGAGUGUAAACUUGGAUAACACUUUCAAUUGCAGUUAUAUUUUGGUGGUUUAAAUGGGGUCAAUUUGACCCGAAACAUAACAUUUAUUUUAACAUAAUAGCACGGUUAAUAUAGAUCUUGACUAUGGAACAUGCAAUAAGAGUGCUAGUGACCACUGUCUUUCAUCAGUAGCUCACUGGGUCUUGCAGCUAUAGGCAUAGCUUGUUCACAUUGCUUUUUAAAAUUGUUUAACAAAUAAAUUUGAUUUCAACACAUAAAACAUUUUUUUAAAUUAUUGAACGAACAUUUUUGCAAACUUAAUUCAAAAUCUAGAGAGAGUCAUUUGUGUUUUAAAAUAUAUUUCUAAUGAAUAAACUUUUAGAUAUUAUCAAUAUAAUCUGUAAUUUUUUUUAAAAUCCUUCAUGGAAAAAAUUGCAGAGGUCCAUCAUGUUGUCUACAGCGAGGUCCCAGUAAAGGUCACAUUAAAAUUAUUACUGGGUAACAAGGUAGGAUCAAUGGGGUAACGUUGCUGAUAUUAAAAUGAAAUUAUUUACAUUAUAUCUUAUUCUAAAAUUAUGCUAUAUUUAUAUAGUUAUAAGUAGGUGGUGCAAUUUAUUCCUUAGUCCGCUCUAAAUGCAAAUGUGUUGCCCCCUUGUUUGUACUUGUACCAGUAGGUAUCCAGUAAGUUCUUCCUUGGCAUUGUACCAAAUAUUUAAACUGUAACUUGCUGGCUGUUAAUUAACACUAAACACAAAGUUCAGCUAAGCUUGCUGGGAAUGAAAUUAGUUUUGCAGGUAUCUGGUCAUAAAGGAAAGUAUUAGGCAAAGUGAAAAAUUUGAUCUGCUCUUGACACCACAGGAAAAGUCAAAGUCAAAGUCAAGUUAUUCGGAUUCAUCCUCCGAGCCUUACUGUUCUGGAAUUAUUUGCAGUAUUUUGCAUAGUUUGAUUGUUUAGGUUAUUUUACUCCUGAAUUGAAAACUUUCAGCACUUUAAGCUCUCUGGAAGACAGAGCUGAUUUAAGGAAUUUAUCCCUGGAAGAGAGGCUUGUUGUUAGUAUUCCAGUCCAGGAGGAUGG